CUCACGGCGGGGGCGUCGGUCGAGGUGUAGCGCAGGAUGACCUGGAAGGGCUGGUGCGCCUGCAGCUCGGGCGGCAGCGUGACGGUUCGAAGACGACAAGCAUGGAAAAUGGCAAUUCUCCAGGCUUUUAUUACGAAAUCCCAAAUGUGGGCAUCUCCCAACACCAGCCGGUGGCGAGCGGCUGCUCCCCUGCUGCCAGCGAGGACUUGAGGAUCCUGGAGAGCUCCAGGACGAUGGAGAUGUUCUUCAGCAAGAGGGACGUCCCAGAUGCCCCGGAGGAGGAGGAGGAGGAGUCCGAGGGUCCCCCCAGGGAGCAGGACCUGAAGGAGGCCUACAUCCAGCUGGUGCAGGGCAUGCAGGAGUGGCCGGACGGCUGUGUGUACCGAGGGGACUUCGGGCUGGACACGAAGCUGGGGCACGGUGAAUUCUCUUGGCCCACGGGCGAGUCUUACCGGGGGCAGUUUUACCGGGACCACCGCCACGGGCUGGGCACGUACCUGUGGCCCGACGGCUCCAGUUUCACAGGCAUGUUCUACCUGAGCUCCCGAGAAGGCUACGGCACCAUGUACCUGAAGACGAGGCUCUUCCAGGGACUGUACAAAGCAGACCAGCGGUUUGGGCCGGGCGUCGAGACCUACCCCGACGGCAGCCAGGACGUCGGGCUGUGGUUUCGGGAGCACCUCAUUAAGCUGUGCACGGAGGUCGCCGGUGGCUUCUCCAUACACAGCUACCCAGAGUACUCGGCCUUCCUCACGCGCUCUCCCGCUAGCAUCAGUCUCUCCGACGAGGAGUGCGUAGAGCGGGAGCCGCACGAGGGAGAGGACCCCUUUAACUACGACUACAAGCGCUUCCUCCUGGAUGAUGACCUAACUCUGCCUCCAGAAAUGUACGUUUACUCCACCGACAACAGCCACCUGCCCGUGACCUGCUCUUUCCGCAAAGAACUAGAUGCCCGGAUCUUCCUUAACGACAUCCCCCCGUUUGUUGAGGACGGAGAACCCUGGUUCAUAAAAAAUGAGACCCCUUUGAUGGUCAGAAUCCAGAAGCAAGCUUACAAGUACAGGAACAAGAGGGCUCACAGCAGCUGGGGCAUGGGCGCCGUGCUGGAAGGGGACCGGAGCGGCUUUGCGCGCUGCGGGCCCAAGGAGCGCUUCGCCGAGGACAUGAUCCUGAGGGCCCGGGAAGGGAGCUACGACUGGAUCUACGGGAUCCUCCGGGACGGGCUCGCCAGCGCCGACGUGGCCGAUGCCAAGGGCUACACCGCGCUUGCCGCGGCCGCCCUCCACUGUCACAAGGACGUUGUCAACCUUCUGCUGGACAACGGGGCCGACGUGAACAAGUUCACGGAUGAGGGGCUCACGGUGCUCAGCAUGUGCUUCCUUCUCUACUACCCGUCCCGAUCCUUCAAACCCAACAUCGCCGAGCGCACGGCGCCCAAGCCCCAGGAAGCCCCGAGUGUGCCAGCGAACCCCAGCCGCUCCUCCUCACUCCCCGAAGCCGCCAAGGAGCCCAGUUUGGAGGAGUGGGUGCCCACGCCCGGCAGCCAGGAGCAGAGGCCCGUGGUGUCGGGCAGCGAGGAGGACGGCCUCUCCGCGGGCACGCAGCCGUCUCGAGAGUCCCCCGACCCGGGGGGCAACCCUCAGGAGUGGGAGCCUGUGUCGCCGCGGGGCAGCGUCAGCGACCUGGAGAAGGGGAUGGUUGGCGUGGCGGGGAGUCCGGACAGGUGCACGCCGGGCAGCCAGGAGACGGACUUCGAGUCCGACGUCUGCGUGCACAACUACACCAUCGAGCUGUCCCAGGACCUGCUGGAGAAGAGCGCCCAGGCCCACAGCACGCUGAAGAGGCUCCCUCGGCGCCCCGGCUCGGUGAAGGGCACCAUGAGGAGGAUGGCCCUGGCCAUGAUCGAACGCCGAAGCCGGUGGCAGACCAUCGAGCUCCUCCUGCGCCGGGGCGCGGACCCCAACCUGUGCUGCGUGCCCAUGCACGUCCUGUUCCUCGCUGUGAAGGCCGGGGACGUGGCCGGGGUGAGGCUGCUGCUGGAGAACGGCGCCCGGACGGACAUCCGGCUCCCCGCCGAGCUGGGGGCCCUUACCCCGCUGCACAUCGCAGCCGCCCUGCCGGGGGAGGAGGGCGUCAAGGUCACGGAGCUGCUGCUGCACGCUGUCACGGACGUGGACGCCAGGGCGGCCGACCAGGACGACGUGUACCAGCCGGGCAAGCUAGACCUGCUGCCCUCGAGCCUGAAGCUCAGCAACGAGGCAGGCCCCGCCAGCAUCUACCACAGCCAGCGUGCCUCGGCGCCCGACGAGGGGGGCAGGACGGCUCUGCACGUGGCCUGUGAGCGCGAGGACAGCUACAAGUGUGCCAGGGACAUAGUCCGGCUCCUCCUCUCCCACAAAGCGAACCCCAACAUGCUGUGGAGCGGCCACUCCCCACUCUCCCUGUCCAUCGCCAGCGGGAAUGACCUGAUUGUGAAGGAGCUGCUGUCCCACGGAGCCGACCCCAACCUGCGGCUGACCAAAGGCUUGGGCAGCGCCUUGUGUGUCGCCUGUGACCUCACCUAUGAGCACCAGAGGAGCACGGACAGCAAGCUGGCCCUGAUCGACCAGCUGAUUAACUACGGGGCCGACAUCCUGAGGCCGGUGACGCUGAUGCAGGGGGACAAGGUGGCUGUGGGCACGGCCGUCGACUACGGGUAUUUCAAGUUCUAUCAGGACCGGAAGAUCGCCCACUGCCCCUUCCACAUGCUGACGCCGGCCGAGCGGGAGGUGUUCGUGGCGCGGAAGAGGCUCCUGGAAUACAUGGGCUUCCAGCUGCGCCGCGCUGUCUUCGCCAAGGAGAGCCAGUGGGACCCGAAGGUGCUGAACCAGAGCAAGAGAGCGGAGCUGACCCCCUACCAAAGGGUGAAGCGGAAAAGCACCAGCGUGUCCAAAGCCCUGCACUUGGAGGAGCAGGAGCUGGUCCCGUUCUUCAAGUUCUGCUACCAGUGCGGCCGCUCCAUCGGGGUGCGCCUGGCGCCCUGCACCCGCUGCUACGGGAUCCUGACCUGCAGCAAAUACUGCAAGACCAAAGCCUGGGGCGACUUCCACAAGAGGGACUGCGGCACCCUGUCGGCCAUCGUUCCUUGUCCAGGGCCCCACCUGGAGGACUUGCCGUGGAGGGUGGAAGAGACUCAGUAAGGAGCCGCACCCGGCGCCCGCGGCGUGGGGAGGGCCCGGCGGCAGCCUGCGCCACGCUGCCUCCCCACCGCGGGCACCCACAGCUCGGGGCGCCUCCACGCCGCUGGCCCGGCGUCGUCUGCCUACUGCCCGGAGUGUGCCCCGCGGGGCUGUGUGGCACCGUCUCCCUCGGGACCUCACAAUAAAGCGCCCUCGGGUUGAACCCUC